AUGUGUUUAAAGGUAAAGAAACAUUGGACGAGAAAGACAUUAUUUCCUGUGUUCUCUCCAAGGGAGUGCAGGGAGGAAAGCAUUGUCAAUGGUUACACCAUACCGCUCAAAACAAAAGUAAUGAUCAACGCUUGGGCCAUAGGGAGGGAUCCCGAGUACUCGAAAGAUCCAGAGAGCUUUAUACCCAAGAGAUUUGAGGAGAGUUGGAUUGAUUUCAUUGGAAAUCACUUCCAGUAUUUGCCUUUUGGUGCUGAGAGGAGGAUGUGUCCAGGAUAUGCAUUUGGUUUUGCAAACUCCAUUUCUCCUUUAGCUCACUUGCUCUUCCACUUUGAUUGGAAGCUCCCUAAUGGAGUUACUGUUGAUUCUUUUGACAUGAUGGAGAAACCAGGAUUAUAUGUGGGAAGAAAGGCUGAUCUUUGCUUGAUUGCCACACCUCAUAUUGCUUAA